AUGGCUUCUUCUCAGGUACGUCAGAACUUCCAUGCAGAGUGUGAGGCUGCUGUGAACCAACUGGUGAAUUUAGAGUUGUGUGCUAGCUACGUGUACUUGUCCAUGUCCUGCUACUUUGACCGUGAUGAUGUUGCCCUGCCCCAUGUGGCCAAGUUCCUGAAGGAGCAGUCCCAGGAAGAGAGAGAACAUGCAGAGAAGUUUCUGAAAUACCAGAACAAGCGAGGGGGGCGUGUUGUGCUGCAGGACAUCAAGAAGACACAUCAGGAUGAGUGGGGCAGCACCUUGGAUGCCCUGAAAAGUGCCCUGGAUCUGGAAAAGAAGGUGAAUCAGGUUCUGCUGGAUCUGCACAAGCUGGCAACAGAGAAGGGAGACCCUCAGCUGUGCGACUUCCUGGAGUCUGAAUACCUGGAGGAGCAAGUGAAGGCCAUCAAGCUUCUGGGAGACCACCUCACCAACCUGCAGCGCCUGGGGGUGCCCCAGAAUGGCAUGGGGGAAUACCUGUUUGACAGGCUCACCUUGGGGAAGAGUAGCUGA